GGUGACCUUGGUGUCUCCCCGACCGAGAUGGGUUCAUGGGUUUGUCCAUCAUUCAUUCCUUCCAGAAUGCCAAGUUUUUUAUGAAAUUUAAUGAUAAAACUUGAAUUGCUGUCAUUUUAGUUUGUGUUAAGUCCUCUAUUUCACGGUGCUUUUUAUUCUCGUUUCGUUCUUAAUGUUCAUUCUCAUGUUAUUUUGAAGCGGCAGUUCUUCGGAAAUUCAUUCAAAAUGUUCUCUGUGCAGAUAUGCCGAAAAUGUUAAGGGUUAUGUCGGUCGGUUUCAUAUUCAUAUUAAGUGUCAGUUCUCUAUAAUAAUAUUUUGAGAACUUAACUUAUCUUGUUAAAUGAAUACUGAAUUGCUAAGAGAACUAUGUUUUCCGAAUAAUACCUUUCCGAAUAUAUUUAAUUAUUCUCCUGUUUACUUGAACAUCAUUGAAAUGCUCAGCUAAUGGCAAGAAUUUCCAAUUUAAGGAAUCAAUUGAAAAUAGAGGAUAAUUUGAGAAAGAGUGAACCAUGAUUCCAUACAUGAAUGUUGAUUUGAGGUCCAUCAAUUUACAUUACGACCAGAGAAUGAAUUGGAUGCUCAAUAAUCAUCAAAGAAUUACCGAGGAACGACAACAUGAAAAACCAAAUCCACCGCAAAAGGAGAAACCCCAGAUAAACAUAAAUCAGCCAAUGCCAGUGAACCAGCUCAACUCAAGGAGCAUUUCCCUCGGAGUUCAAACUGAUUCUGAUUCGGUGCAAAGUUACGAACGAAGCAGCAAGGGACAAGUGCCUGGUGUUAUCAGUUCAUUUGGCCACCAGCCAAGCCAAGGAAGCAUGAUACCUCUAGCCAAGGAAGAGUCAGCCAUCCGAUCUCUGAUGGCAAGCUCCAAUCCCGUGCCGACUGACUACGAGAAAAAUUUCAUUGUUCGGGUACCAACCGAAGAGCAUGCCAUGCCGAAAAGUGAACCUGGAACCAACGGAGGACCAAGUGGGGGACCGCCUUACUAUGGAGAAACAGACUUUGACACCAACUACUACAGCAAGCUCAUGAGUGCCUUCUUGAUACAGGACUGUAAUCAACUGCGCCCCUUCAAGGAUCAGUCAGGGAUUGCGGUAUUUCCCAACGGUAACCACUUCACUGAUGCUGACGGCAAGGCUCGUAUUGCAAAUGGAUUUGAUGUUCGAAACCCAGCUUACUCUCUAUACAACGAUGCUUCGAAUGUGUUCUCACAAAAUGCAGCUUCAUCUAAUGACGGAAGCAAGCCAAAUGAAGGUCACAUUGUCAAUAGAAAGCCAAACGCGAUCGUACGACUGGGAGGAGAAGAGGUAACAUGUGAAGUGUGUGAUAAAAAGUUUCCUCACAUCUGGCUGCUCAAGAUCCACUCAACAAAACACACGGGUCGACGUCUCCGAACCUGCCAGCUAUGCAGUAAAGCUUUUGUAUCGGCUUUCGGAACGUCCGCCAAACGCCGACAAACCACCUACGAGGCUCAACACGGAUUCACCAGACCCCUCAACGAUAAUCCAAGUUCUCUGAGACCGCUCAACGAUAGUCAAGUCGAGUACAACCGACCAGUGACCGAUUUGUACCAGUUCGAGAAUAAAGAUGUUGUCCCCGGUAGGGUGAAUAAUAAUUUGGGAGGUGUACGAUACAACCCUGGACAGUGUGAAUCGUUUAGGCAGGAUUGUAACUCCAAUUUGAAUAGAUCCGAUGUGGUUAGUGACACAUCGUCGGUAUCUCCAGCUCCCUCCACAUCGUCGUCAGGCAUAGGGGGAACAGCACCUUGUGACCUGUGCAAUCGAGUCUUCACCAUUACGGAAUUCGAUGAUGACUCGACACUGCCCUAUGGAAAAAUGUACGCAUGCGACGUAUGCAAUCGAUCGUAUUCCACAUUAGGAAAUUUGAAACAGCACAAAGAAAAACACUACGGUGAGAAAAACUUUGUGUGUGAAAAAUGUAACAAAUGUUUUUUCACAGCUGGUAAUUUGAAGCAACAUUUGAUCACACACACGGGGGAAAAAUCGUUUUUGUGUAAAUUGUGUAACAAGACAUACUCGACUUCUGGGAACCUUCGCCAGCAUCUGAUGACACAUACCGGUCAAAAGACAAACUUCUGCGUCAUUUGUAACCGGUCGUUCUCAACGCUCGGCAACCUAAAGCAACAUAUGUUGACGCACUUUGCUACGAAUCUGUAUCCAUGUGAGGUGUGUAAGAAAAGCUACUCUACACUGGGCAACCUCAAGCAACAUAUGUUGACACAUACUGGACAGAAAAUUUUCCCGUGCGACAAAUGCGACAAAACUUUCACAACUUUAGGCAACGCUAAACAACACAUGAUUCGUCACUCGGGAGAAAAACCCUACGUUUGUCAGACGUGCAGCAAGUCCUUCUUUACACUAGGCAAUCUUAAACAACAUGCACUCACCCAUUCUGAAGAGAAACUGUACAAAUGCGACAAAUGUACCAAAUCCUUUUACACACUUUCAAAUCUCAAGCAACACUCUGCUACUCAUUCCGACGUUAAGAAAACGUACGAUUGCGAUAUUUGCAUCAGAUCGUUCUCGACGUUUGGGAACUUGAAGCAACACAAACUGAAACACUCGUUGAACAUCACUCAAGUUCCCAGCAUAAACAUUCAACAGGCAUAAUGUGAUAUAUAUAUAUAUAGUACGCCAUCAUUCUCAACAUUCUGUAACUAAGCACAAUCUGAUUUUUGUUUGCUUCUAAUCAGCAAUGCUAGAGACAUUUUUAUUAUUAGUUUUAGUUUUUUAUCCGAAACAGGAUUAAGUUGCGAAAUUCACUAUGCGAAUUAUGUAUAAAAAUUCCUUAUAGGAAUGUACCUUGUUUGAAAGCUGGGAUGUUAAUUUUCCUUGGAUUAUAAAAGAAAUGGAAGCUAUGCCUCUAUUGCUUUUAUUGCAUAUUUUGUCUGGAUACUUUUGAUUUCCAGGAAAUCGGAAGGCUUUGUUUAAAUCUUCCAUAGUAUUGUUCCAUACGGUUGACUUAAGCUCUGCUGAAGUAUGAAUUUUAUUGAUUGUUAUACUUGUUAUAUUUGCCAUUUAUAUUGAUGUUUAAGGACUUAUUAAUAAUUUAAUUCACACUGUAAACGAAACUAACCAUCAUCCUUCCCAUUAUUCACGCAUAAACCUGGGAGCUUAUGUAGUCACCUCAGCCAAAAAAAUAUUUUUAAUUAGCCUUUUAUAACCAAACCAACCAAUCUUUAUCAAUUCUCUUCUUAAUCUUUUAUCCAAUCAUUACCAAGCUCAUUCGAACAAGAACAGUGUUAAAUACUUUUAUCCUAGAGUUGUUGUCAUAAUUGAAAUAAAGUACAUAUUGAAUACAAAGUAUUCUAUCAUUCACAAAUAGGAUGUUGUAAUCCAAGUUGAUUAUCAAUCUUUAUUUAUUUGCAUUGCAGAAUAAAUUCAUUUGAAUUGCUGAAUGUUCUGAAUGGUAUUGAACCACACAAUACAUUGUUAUUGAGUGAUUUUCACUCACUACGUACGUUUUAAUCACGACUACUGUAAUAAAAUAAUGUGUCUAUACUUUGUGUGAAUUAUUUAAUUAAUACAGUACUAGAUAAUAUCAAUUCCAAAUAUAAAUAUAGUGAUGAAUAAAAACAGUGAACAAUAAAAACACAUGAUUUAUUGUGCAAGAUUUAAUUAAGGUGUGAAGCUUGAAGAAGUAUAAAACCUAUUUCAGGUAUGAUGAAGUCUAUUUUAGCUUAGCUAUUUAAUCAUAAACUCAAGUUUAUCUAUAAAAUAGUUUUUUUGCUGAGGGUGAUGCCCACAAGCGCUUUUGGCUUAUGCGUGGGUAAUGAGACGAUUGGUCACCUACAGGUUUAGGCCGGUUACAGAGCUUGACCGACCGUCAGUGCGUACGUCAGUCGCGCUUCUCUUUUCCAUAGAUAUUCCAUGUAUCCGUACAGAGCACGACUGACGGCACGCAUGCGUACGGUCAGGACCCUGCGUUUUAUACAGUGUACGAAGAUCAUCGGUCGAGCUCGUGCGCAUCCGUUCCAUCGGUCGACUGACGCGCUAUUGAAGCAAAUAGAAGCUUUCAGAGCUGUACUGAUCAGUAGCCCGAUCGCAACAUAACCAAUGUGCUGACACCUCUGCCUGACAAUCAGCUGAUAUUGAAUAGCAUAAUGAAUGAAUUCAAUUAAUAGUGUCAUAUUUGAAUUCAGAGUUUUUCUAUACAUUUCUUCAAUCAUUUCUAAAUUUUUUAUUGGAAAAAUCAUGCAUUAUUAAUAUUAUCUACAUUUAUUUGAUUCGUAGCUUAAAGUGACUGCAAGUAUUCCCAAUGGUGAUACAAGCUCGAAAUAACUCAUCCAAAUCUCUGAUGGACAUUCUGAGUGUAGUUGAAAAAUGUAUCUCCACCCCAAGCAAUGAUGUAUAUAAUGGUACUAAAUUCCCUUUGAAAUACUCUUUGGGCGACCAUCGGGUGAACUUGAUAUCUACGUCUUUUAAUCUUUCGUUUACGAAGAUAAUAAGCUGCAAUUAAACAUCAAUCUGUAAAGGCGUCCAUUUUGUGAGUCAGAAAAACUGAUAUGUAUGGUCAGGAUGGUGCAUACGCACUGACGGUCGGUCAAGCUCUGAAUGUGUAAAACUGAUUCAUCGAUGCGUACGGUCAGGAUGGUACAUACGCACUGACGGUCGGUCGAGCUCUGUAACCGGCCUUAGAUGGGUUUCGAUUUACCGGGAAGCGGCGAUUUUACAACUCAUGAAUCAUAUCCAGAGGAGUUGGCUCAAGCGGUCAGUCUUCCAAUGUGAGUUGCAGACGCAUGAUUUUUAA